AUGUUCUCCAAAGCUAUUGUUACCCCUACCGGUGUUAUCGCUGGCAAGCUGAGGCUCCGAUUCCGUGGACUGUUCCAAAAAGUUCACGCUAUCCAGGACGUCGACGUCUCGGUGCCCACGACCGCUGCGCCACUUCCCAAAACCGACAAACUCCCCGCCCUCGCCUCCACCAUCAUCGCUACCGCCGCCUUCGCUAUCCCUCACUCCUCUCAAACCUCUCAAACCUCCUCUUCCGAGUCCGAAUACUCCAACGAACUUUCCGAGGUUUCUUCCCAGACUGACAGCGCGAGCGAGCCGUCGACGAGAGAGUUCCCCGUCACCCCUCGCCAGUCUCAGUCUCCUCAGAGUUCCUACGACUUCGACUCGGUCCCGUACGACAACAACUAUGAGGCGUCGGUAUUCGAAUUUGGUGGUGUGGCAUGUGGAAAGGAGUAUCAUAAGGAAUUAGACGAGCUCGAUGGUGAAGAGCUCGAGGGUACCGGUAUGUAUGCUCAGUCCGUCGAAUCGUUUGAGGGUGAAUCGGAUUCGCUUGGUGUGGGUGCUUGGUUCGGCGGGGCCUGCGAUGAGGAGGAGGAUGAGUACGAUGAUGACGACUACGAGUACGAGGACGAUGGUGUUGUCGAGGGGCUUGUUGAUGAGGAGCCCGAUGCCGAUACCUAUGUGAUAGAGCCUGUGUCAGGCUAUUAUCUGGAGGUGAAGUGUGUUAAGCUGAUUAUUGGAGAUAUGGUUCGGGUCGCGCCAGAGUGCCGUCCGGGUCUUCGAGCGAUUAUACCGGAGGUCGUCGGAGCUGUUGCGGGUGUUGACUAUUGAUUUGGUGGGGGUGUGGGUGUGUGGUUCUGAGAUGUCUCGGAGAUGGUUCACUGUUUUCAUGUUUCGCGGCUGGUUUCAGACUUGGACUUGGGACUCGGAGACUCGGAGUGGCCCCAGGGGGUGUGGGGUGCCACUCCAAGAAAAUGAUGCUAAUUCCUCAGACUUAGUGAUACAGAUACCCAGUGGCUACGAUACGUACGACCUCGACUUCUACUUCGACUUCGACUUUAGCGACUCGGCAACAUCUCGCCACACAUAUCCGUUCCUCUAUAUUCUCAUCCCGCCUACCCAUUCACCACUAUACGAUCCGUCUCGACCUCGAACUCAACGACCCAACAAUGUUACGACACACAUAUUCGCCUAUCGACAAUCCUCGUCCCACCGACAACAUCUUCAUUCUACAAGCACGACCUUGCGAACACAUUCAAUAACCAUCCCUUACGACCGCCAGGAAACCGAUGCGAGAAGGGAGUGUUCGGGUAGGAAGCAAGUAGGAAGAAGCAGGGAUGGUUCACUUGGGAUGGUGAUUCGGGGUACGGGGAGAUGUCAUGGUGUUCGGUUGGGGAGUAGGGCGGUGGGAAUGGAGAAGCAUCACUGGGACUCAACAACCGCGCCGGUACAAACACUACGAAACGGACGCGAGAGGAGAGUGUUUUAGUGGGAAGGAAUAGGGAUGGCGCAGUUAGGAUGGAGGAUUAGGGGCAGGAGGAGACUUCGGAGAGGCACCUAUCGACACCGUUGGUGACGGGUUGCGCGACCCCACCAACGUCCACAGCACCUUUCCUCCUUCCUUGUACUUUCUCGAAGAGUAUAGUCAUCUACUCACGCGCCCGAGCUCGGUGUGGACUAGCCAACAUAGCCAGAGGCCUCCUUGAGAGACCAGUAACUAUCGGCCGGUACCACACCAGCUCGCGACAAAAUAUCCGGAGGCGUUGAAGGUUAUUGGGUUUUUUUGGGGUCAUCGAGAGUUCGCGAUUGUUUGUUUUCACUACCGGUCACCCUGUUUGUUGUCUCUGCCUGGACUCAGCCCUAUGAGUAACGCCAUAUACCCAAUUCAA